CAUAACAUACAGAGAUGGGGAGAGAGAGAGAAACCUUUUCUUAUUUUUGAACGGAGAGGAAUUUUCGGUGGAUGUGUGAUUUGUCUAUUGCUGGAGUUUCAGACACACGCUCGCUGACACUCUCACACUCACACCAAUGGGGUGCAGCGCUGGGAGUGAACGGGAGUGAACUGCGUCGCUCUGGAGAUGCCGCUGGGACGGCUGGAAAAGUCUUCUCUCUGGCGCCCCCUGCUGCUGUUUCUAUCUCUGUCUCCGCUCCUCCUCUCACAGGCCCCUCCCAUCGACGAUGACAACCAGUUCUUGUACACGCCUCCGAUCCCGCCCCCUUCACACGGAGGCCCGCCCCCCACAUGCCCCGCCCUCUGUGACUGCCCCGCCCCCGAGACUGUGGAGUGUGGGGGAGUGGACCUGACAGCCUUCCCAGGAAACCUGUCAACGCACACCCGGCACCUCUCACUGCAGAAUAACCAGCUGAAGGAGAUUCCCUUUGAGCCGCUGUCCCGACUGACUGAGCUGAGAACCCUGAACCUGCAUAACAACCAGCUCAGCUCCACAGGUCUCCCUGACGAGGUGUUCCUGUACCUGUCGCGUCUCCAGUACGUCUACCUGGCCAACAACCGCCUGACCGUGGCGCCGCGCUUCCUCCCCAAGUCUCUGAGGAUCGCAGACCUGGCUGCCAACGCGCUCACAGAGGUGUACCCACUCACCUUCGGGGGCAAGCCUCACCUCAGUUCAGUGUACCUGCACAAUAACGCCCUGGAGAACGCUGGGCUCCCUGACUUCCUGUUCAACGGCUCCAACUCCGUCUCCAUCCUCAUCCUGUCCAACAACCAGCUCUCCAGCGCCCCCAGCAGGCUGCCUCCCAAACUGAACAAACUGCACCUACAGAAUAACCGGAUCUCCUGGAUUCCCAGCGGGGCGUUCUCCCAGCAGCUGCACCUGAGAGAACUCUACCUGCAAAACAACCAGCUGAGUGACCAGGGACUGCAGAACGACACCUUCAGCAAGCUGCGCAGCCUGGAGUACCUGGACCUCUCCAUGAAUAACCUGACCCGCGUCCCGGAGGGGCUGCCCCCCGGCAUCACCAUCCUGCACCUGGGCAAGAACCGCAUCAGCAGCCUGUCCGCGGAGGGGGUGAGCCGCGUGCGCAGCCUGGAGUACCUGCUACUGCAGAACAAUGAGCUCACUGCCAGCAGCAUCCACCCACAGGCCUUUGACAAGCUGCGUCGUCUGCACACUCUGCACAUUUACAACAACCUCCUGGAGCGCGUCCCGCCCAGCCUGCCUCGCCGGCUGCGCUCGCUCAUGAUGCUGCACAACCGCAUCUCCCAGCUGGGGCUCCACGACCUGGUCCGCACCUACUACCUGAGCGAGCUCAACCUCAGCUACAACCGGCUGCAGAGCGAGCGCGUGCACCGGCUCGCCUUCCGCAAGCUGCGGAGGCUCCAGAGCCUCGACCUGUCGGGGAACGCCCUGACCACCGUGCCGCUGGGGCUGCCGUCCGGACUGCGGGUGAGGGGAGAGGCCAGCCCUUUCUCUCUGUGGGAGUUGUGGUUGAAGAGUAACCUCAUUGACAGGCUGGGGGAGGACGCUCUGUCUGGGCUCAGCAGCCUGGCCCAGCUGCACCUGGGACAGAACCGGCUGAGGGACUCCGGCAUCGCGCUGGGGAGCUGGAGAGAGGUGCCAGGGCUGACGCUGCUGGACCUCUCUGGUAACCAGCUGACCCAGGUGCCCUCUGACCUGCCGGGCUCCCUGGAGUACCUGCACCUGCAAGAGAACCGGAUCAGCACCGUCCCGCCCAGCGCCUUCCUGUCCACUCCUCAGCUCAGGGGCGUGUUCCUCAGGUAUAACCGCCUCACCGCCCUCGCUGUGUCCCAAGCCGCCUUCUCCACCCUGAGGCACCUGCAAGUCCUCGACACCACCGGCAACCCUGAGCCAAUCAGCAUCCAGCUACACGGGACCGGAGAGCCAGCCACGCCCACUGACAUCAUCCCCACACCGACAGAAACAAGCCAGGGAACACGGGGGCUACCCAGCCAACAGGAGACUUCACGGCACGCAGACACAAACGAGACCGUCCAGUGAGACUGCUUUACUGGACAGAGCCCGUCCCUCCUCCCCCUCUCCCCACGCACCCGGUCCUGUUUCUGAGAGCCGUCGAGAUGCUUGAGGGGCAGCAGUGUGGAGUAGUGGUUAGGGCUCUGGACUCUUGACCGGAGGGUCGUGGGUUCAAUCCCAGGUGGGGGGACACUGCUGCUGUACCCUUGAGCAAGGUGCUUUACCUAGAUUGCUCCAGUAAAAACCCAACUGUAUAAAUGGGUAUGUAAAAAUAAUGUGAUAUCUUGUAACAAUUGUAAGUCGCCCUGGAUAAGGGUGUCUGCUAAUAAACAAUUCGCGAGACAUUUACUAAUAAAACGCAUCUCUUCCUCCUU